UCUAAGUUGGCUGGAUGUCCAAAUCCAACUUGACGUGGCAUUUAUUGAAAGAGGGCGCUGAGUCGAGAGCUUCUGCUGAAACUGGAAUUAGCUCAGACCGAAGAAGUAAGAACAUUAACAUUAGGGAAAGGUGUAUGACUGUGUUUGUGUGUGCAAGAAACCCCAAAACAUGGCGAAUGAAGAACCAGGGUGUAAGAAGAAGGUGAUGAUCGCUAUUGAUGAAAGCGAGUGCAGUCACUACGCGCUCAAGUGGGUACUCGACCAUCUUCAAGAUUUCUUCCCCACGUCGUCGCUCAUCAUCUUCACUGUUCAGUCUUUGGCUGAUUUCGCUUACCUCUCUGCCGCGUCUCCCGUUUCUGGUCGCAUGUUUUGUGUUGCUACCAAUCCCGAGUUGAUUAAAUCUGUACAAGAACAUCAAAGGAAGGCCGCUUUGGCUCUUCUGGAAAAAGCUAAAGACAUCUGCGCUACUCAAGGGGUUGUUGCAGAGACAAUCACAGAAGUUGGGGAUCCAAAGGAGGUCAUAUGUGAUGCAGUUGAAAAGUUCAAGAUCAAUCUACUUAUUUUAGGUAGUCAUGGACGGGGAACUCUGAAAAGGGCUUUCUUAGGAAGCGUGAGUAACUAUUGUGUUAAUCAUUGCAAGUGUCCUGUUCUUGUAGUGAAGAAACAAGAAGAGAAAGCUUGAUCACUUUACAAACUUCAGAUCAUUUGGAAAAAUACAAAAUUCCCCCAUGCAUAUGUUGUUUGAUAGAGUGAAGAGAUUGUUUUGUAAGGAAGCAGACUCAAGCUAUGGAUAUUUGAAUUUGGCUGUUAUAGAUUUUCUCUUCCUUCUUUUCUAA